AUGCUCUGGAAACUGGUUGAAAAUGUCAAGUAUGAAGAUAUCUAUGAGGACCGGCAUGAUGGAGUGCCCAGCCACAGUUCCAGGCUGUCCCAGCUGGGAUCCGUCUCGCAGGGACCCUACUCCAGCGCUCCUCCGCUCUCUCACACCCCAUCCUCGGAUUUCCAGCCGCCUUACUUCCCACCCCCCUACCAGCCUCUUCCUUACCACCAAAGCCAGGACCCUUACUCCCAUGUCAAUGACCCCUACUCCCUAAACCCCCUGCACCAGCCCCAGCAGCACCCCUGGGGACAGAGGCAGAGGCAAGAGGUGGGAUCAGAAACCGGGUCACUGCUGCCACAGCCUCGGGCCGCCCUGCCCCAGCUCUCGGGACUGGACCCCAGGCGGGACUACCACUCAGUUCGGAGGCCAGACGUCCUCCUGCACUCAGCUCACCAUGGCCUUGACUCCGGCAUGGGGGACAGCCUUUCUCUGCACGGCAUCGGACACCCAGGGAUGGAGGAGGUCCAGUCAGUUGAAGAUGCCAAUAACAGCGGUAUGAACUUAUUGGACCAGUCUGUCAUUAAAAAAGUUCCGGUUCCUCCAAAAUCUGUGACUUCUUUGAUGAUGAAUAAAGAUGGUUUUCUGGGUGGAAUUUCGGUCAACACCGGAGAGGUGUUCUGCUCUGUACCCGGCCGCUUGUCCUUGCUUAGCUCCACUUCAAAGUACAAAGUCACUGUGGGAGAAGUCCAGAGGCGCCUUUCCCCUCCGGAGUGUCUGAACGCGUCCCUCCUAGGAGGAGUGCUCAGAAGAGCCAAAUCGAAAAACGGGGGAAGAUCUUUGCGAGAAAGGCUAGAAAAAAUCGGUUUGAAUUUGCCAGCCGGCAGGCGUAAGGCCGCAAAUGUCACUUUACUCACCUCCCUGGUGGAAGGUGAGGCCGUUCAUUUAGCUCGGGAUUUUGGGUACAUCUGUGAAACGGAGUUCCCAGCCAAAGCUGUUUCUGAGUACCUGAACAGACAGCACACGGACCCCAGCGACCUCCACUCCAGGAAAAACAUGCUGCUUGCUACAAAGCAACUUUGUAAAGAAUUCACAGAUCUCUUGGCCCAGGACAGGACGCCCAUUGGGAACAGCCGGCCCACCCCUAUUUUGGAACCGGGCAUUCAGAGCUGCUUGACUCACUUCAGCCUCAUCACCCACGGCUUUGGGGCCCCCGCUAUCUGCGCCGCCCUCACGGCCCUCCAAAACUACCUGACUGAAGCUCUCAAAGGCAUGGACAAGAUGUUCUUGAACAACAACACUGCUAACAGGCACACAUCUGGCGAAGGACCAGGUAGUAAAACUGGAGACAAGGAAGAGAAACACAGAAAAUGAGAGAGAGAGAGAGAGAGAAAGAGAGAGAGAGAGAGAGAGAGGAAAAAAAAAUUAGGAUGAAAGAAAGGAAAAGAAAAAAAAAGUUAAAUAAAUAAAAGGAGAAGAGAGAGAUAAUCUUUUAAAAGAAAACCGUCUUAAUUUUAGCUUUAAAAAUACUGGAUUGGGCUUUGGAAGAAUUCUAUUAGGUAGGACAAAAUAAUAAUAAUAAAAAUAAAAAUAAUAAUAAAGGAAAGACAAUAAUUUAAGAAAAGAGGAGCACAAUGGCGCAAGACCAGUGGUUCAGAGUCUCUUGCCAGGAACAUGUGAAGACAACUACCAGGAU